AUGGUUAAAGUAAUUUCUGUCAGCAAUCACAAAGGAGGUGUUGGUAAAACAACCUCCACCAUUAAUAUAGGCGCCGGAUUUUCAGCAAAAGGCAAAAGAGUUUUGCUCAUUGACCUUGAUCCGCAAGCCAACUUAACACAAAGUUUAGCAACAAAAGAAAACUCGCCCACGAUUUACGAAAACUUGCGCGGUGACGAGCCUAUUCAACCAAUUAAAUACAAAGAAAACCUGUAUCUUGUUCCUGCGUCUCUAGAUCUUUCUGCGUCUGAAAUGGAACUAUCUUCGGAACCAGGGAGAGAAAAAAUUCUUGCUGACAUCUUAGAUGCAAUAAAAGAAAGCUUUGAUUAUAUAUUUAUUGAUUGUCCACCAUCUCUCGGACUCCUAACCAUUAAUUCACUUACAGCAUCUGAUGCUGUUAUUGUCCCUCUACAAUCUGAAUAUCUUGCUAUGAGAGGACUUACAAAAUUAACAACUGUCAUAGAAAAGGUUGCCCGUAGGCUUAAUAAAAAACUACAUAUAGGCGCUGUGUUUUUAACGCAGUUUGACUCUAGAAAGGUUCUUAAUCGCAAUGUUGCUGACAGUGUUCAAGAGCAUUAUAAGGACAAAUUACUCAAGACCAAAAUCUCUAGUAACAUCGCCCUAGCUGAAGCUCCCGCUAACGGUCAGGAUAUUUUCUUGUACAAUAAAAACUCUAAGGGAGCUCAAGAUUAUAGUGAGGAGCUUGCUCCUAUUUCAAAACCUAAAGCCGCUAUAGAAAAAAUAUCUGAAAGCUCCCCUCAAGAAUCAAGGGUUACAUAUAUUCUUCCAAAUGAGAUUCAAGAAAAAAUAAAAUGCAUCUCCUACUGGGAAAGAAAGCGCAUUAAAGAUGUAGUUAAAGAUAUGUUAUUAUCAGAAAUAGAGUCAUACAUAAAAUCUAACGGAAACAUAAAAAAAGUCCCAUAA